UAUAAUUUGUAUUUUUAUGUAUGUUUUUUUAACAAUGACGCUGAAACCAAAUUGCCGUAUAAUUUAAACUGGAUUCUCUCAAUUGCUUCAGCGUUGAGCCCUGCGGUCUGUGGAGCACCCGGUCUCCCUGUUACGGCUGAGUCGAAACCCUACGCAGUACCGACUACUGUUCUUCUGCUAUCAAAAUGGCUCUGUUCUUCAAAAGACUCGCUCAAUCUGCUCCAGUGAUUUCCAAUGCUUUCAGAGGCCAACAUCAGUCGAGCCUAGGCAGUUUUCGACUACCCAUUGGGUCCAUUGCUGCCGUUUCUGGUGGAAUCUCGUUCUACUAUUACUUUUCUUCACCUGAUGUGGUUCAUCUAGAUCAAAUUAAUGAAGAGGCUGGUCCUAAAGUUGCACUCAAUCCAGAUAAAUGGAUUGAAUUUAAGCUACAGGACACUGCAAGGGUCAGCCACAAUACUCAGUUAUUCAGGUUUUCAUUUGAUCCCAGUGCCAAAUUGGGUCUUGAUGUUGCUUCUUGCAUGCUUACCAGGGCUCCAUUAGGACAAAAUGCUGAAGGGAAAACAAAAUAUGUCAUUCGCCCGUAUACACCAAUAUCAGAUCCAGAUUCUAAGGGAUACUUUGAUUUAUUAAUUAAGGAGUAUCCAGAAGGAAAAAUGAGUCAGCAUUUUGCUAGUUUAAAACCAGGCGAUGUAGUAGAAGUGAAAGGGCCCAUCGAGAAGCUCAGAUAUUCUCCAAAUAUGAAGAAAAAUAUUGGCAUGAUUGCCGGUGGUACGGGCAUUACUCCAAUGCUGCAGGUGAUUGAGGCCAUACUAAGGAAUCCUGAUGACAAAACCCAGAUAUCACUGCUUUAUGCUAAUGUAUCCCCUGAUGACAUACUUCUCAAGCAGAAGCUUGACAUACUGUCAGCUAGCCAUCCGAAUUUGAAGGUAUUUUACACAGUAGAUAAUCCAUCCAGGACUUGGAGAGGAGGUAAAGGUUACAUAUCAAAUGAUAUGGUUGUGAAAGGGUUACCUGGUCCUGGUGAAGAUACUCUUAUCCUUGUGUGUGGACCCCCUGGAAUGAUGAAACAUAUAUCAGGGGACAAGGCAAAAGACCGCUCACAAGGCGAGCUCACGGGUAUACUCAAAGAACUUGGAUAUACAGAGGAAAUGGUUUACAAAUUUUGAUAAGGCCUUGGCAUCUUAAUCAUCCCUUUUGAUUGAAACCUGAAUUUUGUGCAAUAAAUGAUUUUUGAAGCUUCAAUUCAAAAGCUCGGAGAUUUCAGAGGGUUGCUUACCGAUGUAAAUUUUAUGUUUUGUGAUUGCACCUGCCAGUGCGAGCACGACCCUGAAGAGCAUUGCUGCGGCUGUUUGCAAUGGUUGAGUUGGCUACUUCUUACUUGCAUCUCUGAAUGAAUGUUUCCAGAUUUAAAGGCACAUUAGUAGGAAACUCUACUGCUGUGGAGGAAUAAAUUGUUGUUAUAGGACAUGCUUUUUACAUUUUAUUUUUUUUUGGGACGAACGCUGGUUUUCAUAUUAAAACCUAGAACUCAUGUAUGAUGAUGACAAUAUCAGUACAAUGAAGCUCCUCAGCUGAGGGAGUUCCAGGCAAUCUUCACGAAGGGGGUUUCAGCCCUGUGUCAAUCUUCUGGGUCUGUUGACUGGGGUCUAGUGUUCUGCGUUAUGGGUAGUUUAUGCUAUUGGGUUGGCAAAGGGUGGUGUCUUCACUGUUCAAUGUGUCUGGUAACUUUUGCGUGUUUUGAUUUCUUCAUCAUGGUGUGUGGUAUGAUAAUUAUGUACCCUGUUUGCAGGUUGCCCAAUUUUAAUGACAGGGAUUCUAGUUUUU